GUCAAAUGUGGAUGGUGUUUACGUUUUGUAAAACUAUUUUUGUGAUCGUUUUGCCUAGUUUUUGUUAAUUAUUAUUAUUUUUAUAACUACGCUUUACUUCGUAGUUUUUAAUGGUGCAAUAAAAUUGUGAUAUUACCAUUGAAUUUCUUUGAACCAUGUCAGAUGUCAAGAGGUGAAUAAUUUUGUGUUUAGUGUUACUUGUGAGUGACGGUUUUUGAUAUUUUUUCGGAUUGGGACCGAUAGCUGAAAAGGUGAUCAAAAGUGGGAUGCCCGUUGGAGCGCCAAGAACACAGUGCAAAGUAGUGUGAGUGGACCCUGAUGUGGUUGUGUGCGUGAGUGAUACCAAGUGUCAUGUGUCAGUCAUGGCGCGCUCUGGCGCUGCUCGCGGUGCUGGGAUGGAGCGGUGCGGUGCGCGAGAGCAUGUACCACAACCAGUUUGCUGUGCACGUGCCUGGCGGGGCGCACCACGUGGAUGACAUCGCCGCGAGGCACGGGUUCGUGAACCAUGGACAGAUUGGCUCGCUCAAGGGCUACUAUCUGCUGUCACACCACGAGGUCCGCAAGCGCUCGACGGAACCCAGUCAUGAUCACCACAAGAAACUGAAUGAUGAACCACAGGUACACUGGGUCCAGCAGCAGCAGGAGCGGAGGCGAGUCAAGCGGGACUACUCGCCUUACGAAGGCAUCUGGCCUCGACGCCUGCAGUCGCACGGCCGACCGCAGCAUCCACGCGCGCUCGCCUCGGCGGCAUUCUUCCCUGACCCACUCUUUAAGGAGCAAUGGUACUUGAACGGUGGUGCGAAAGAUGGCUUAGACAUGAACGUGUCACCAGCUUGGCAAAAAGGCUACACAGGCAAAGGCGUUGUGGUAUCAAUCUUAGAUGAUGGAAUACAGACAAAUCAUCCUGACCUCGCCCAAAACUAUGAUCCCAACGCAUCCACUGACAUUAAUGGCAACGAUGACGACCCCAUGCCACAAGACAACGGCGACAACAAACACGGCACGAGAUGUGCUGGCGAGGUGGCUGCCGUCGCGUACAACCAGUACUGCGGAGUUGGUAUAGCUUACAACGCGAGCAUAGGCGGAGUAAGGAUGUUAGACGGCGUGGUCAACGAUGCCGUCGAGGCUAGGGCUCUGGGGCUCAACCCGGACCAUAUUGACGUGUACAGCGCUUCAUGGGGACCUGAGGAUGACGGCAAGACGGUUGAUGGACCGGGGCCGUUAGCACGGAGGGCAUUUAUUUACGGAGUGACAAGCGGCCGCAGAGGUAAAGGAUCUAUCUUCGUAUGGGCAUCAGGAAACGGUGGACGACAUACGGAUUCUUGCAACUGCGAUGGUUACACUAAUAGCAUUUUCACGCUAUCCAUCUCCAGCGCUACUCAAGGAGGAUAUAAACCCUGGUAUUUAGAAGAAUGCUCUUCCACUUUAGCUACAACGUACAGUUCAGGCACUCCUGGCCACGAUAAGAGUGUAGCCACUGUAGAUAUGGAUGGUAGAUUAAGACCUGAUCAUAUUUGUACAGUAGAACACACAGGUACUUCAGCGUCAGCUCCCCUGGCCGCCGGAAUUUGUGCUUUAGCGCUAGAAGCUAACCCUGACUUAACGUGGAGAGAUAUGCAAUAUUUAGUGGUUCUAACGUCACGACCUCAACCUUUAGAAAGAGAAACAGGCUGGAUAAUCAAUGGUGUCAAAAGGAAAGUUAGUCACAAAUUCGGAUAUGGUCUCAUGGAUGCAUCUGAGAUGGUGAACUUAGCUGAACAAUGGAUAUCAGUUCCUCCUCAACAUAUUUGUAAAUCUCAAGAAAUCAACGAAGACAAAUCGAUCGAAUCCACUUUUGGCUACACGUUAUCGGUGCAUAUGGACGUGAAUGGCUGUGGUGGUACUGUCAACGAAGUACGAUAUCUCGAACAUGUUCAAUGCAAAAUAUCAUUGAGAUUUUUCCCUCGCGGUAAUUUGCGUAUAGUACUCAAAUCCCCUAUGGGUACUGUAUCGACUUUGCUCUUUGAAAGGCCACGUGAUGUAGUGAGCUCGAACUUUGACGAGUGGCCAUUCCUUAGCGUUCACUUCUGGGGAGAACAAGCAGAAGGAAGAUGGACGUUGCAGAUCAUCAACGGCGGCAACAGACACGUGAACCAGGCUGGUAUACUAAAGAAAUGGCAACUUAUAUUUUAUGGAACAAACAUUGACCCGGUGAGAUUACGUAAUAAAAGGCCAUUGGCCGGAAACCUUCCGUUAGCGUUCCCAACUGCCGCAGACGGUUACGAAGCUAUCGGGGAUUCUUUUUACAACACUGACGCGUUUGCCAAUUAUCAGAACUUUCCGACGCUAUUCGCCGCCGGCUCAGACCCGGAGAAGGCGGUAGCCCGGCUCGACGGACACAAUGUCCCUUCACCGCAGGGGGAGAGUGUUCUGGCUGAUAGCAACGACAGGCGCGUCGUGCACGACUGUGACCCCGAAUGCGAUUCUCAAGGCUGCUAUGGUAAAGGACCUACUCAAUGCAUUGCUUGUAAGCACUAUCGAUUGGACGACGCCUGUGUUUCACGGUGUCCCCCUAGGAGCUACGCUAACCAAGGCGGAGUGUGCUGGCAGUGCCAUGAAUCUUGUGAGACGUGUGUUGGACCCGGAUUGGACUCUUGUUUAACUUGCGCGCCUGCUCAUUUGCUAGUAGCAGAUUUAGCAGUUUGCUUGCAGCAAUGCCCUGAUGGCUAUUGGGAGGACACUGACUCUUCGGUCUGCCGUCCGUGCGCUGCUCAUUGCGCGACUUGCUCCGAACGGGCGGACUCUUGCAACUCCUGCGACCACCAUUUGCUACUACACAGUGGUACUUGUCUGACUUCAUGUCCUCCAUCUUAUUAUGAAACCGAUGACUACGGAUGCGCUAAAUGCCAUCCUACUUGCGAUACUUGCACUGGUCCGGGAGAGUCGCAGUGCGUUACAUGUCACGCUUCCCACUACGCAAUCAAUGGACAAUGUAACACGUCAUGCCCUUCUGGAUACUAUGCCGAUAAGAAGAGAAGAGAAUGUGUCAAAUGUCCUGUAGGCUGUAAAACAUGCACGAACGGCUUCUGUCUGGUCUGCGAGCCGAAAUGGGAGCUGAACAAGAAGGGCAAGUGUGUGCUGCUGGGCGGAGAGCAGUGCACGUCCACCGAAUUCAUUCAGGACGGGCAGUGCCACCAGUGCCACUCUGCCUGUGACACGUGCUAUGGAGGUGACGAGGAGCAUUGUCUGACGUGCCCUUCGCCGAACCUGUUGCAGGAUAACAACAGAUGCGUCACCGACUGCGCUCGGGGCUUCUACUCUGAGGCGGGCCGUUGCGCGCGUUGCACGCACGGCUGCUCAGCGUGUGUGUCGCGGCUCAACUGCACGGCCUGUGCCGGUGCUCUGCGGUUGCAAUCCGGAUCGUGCCGGGCAUCGUGUGCUGACGGGUACUAUGCGGAUCGCGGGACCUGUACUAAGUGCUACCUGUCUUGUCGGACAUGCAUCGGGCCGCGUCGAGACCAGUGCGCUUCGUGCCCUACGGGAUGGCGGCUGGCGGCUGGAGAGUGCCAUCCCGAGUGCCCUCAGGGUUUCUACCAGACUCCAGACGGCUGCCGUCGCUGCCACCACUACUGCCGGGAAUGUGACGGUUCCGGGCCCCUUCACUGCAAAUCCUGUCCGCCCCGCUUCAUGCUCGACGGCGGGCUGUGUAUGGAAUGUCUCGGCUCCCAGUACUACGAUGCCAGCAGUGGAUUGUGUAAAGCGUGCGACUCCAGCUGCAGAACUUGCUCUGGCCCGGGACAGUUUAGUUGUACGGCUUGCUCUAGGCCGCUGAGGCUCGACAGGCUCAACAACCAAUGUGUGACGUGCUGCGCGGACCGAGGCACCGCCGCCAACACGACGGCAGUCGACUGCUGUCACUGCCACCCUGACACAGGGGAGUGCAUAAACUCAUCCGUGGCGGGCAAGCGACGGAUCGCCGAGUACGGCGCGCUGCGUACAGAGACCGUGCGCGCGACACCAGGUGUCGCUGCGGUCGUGCUCGCCGUGUGCGCUGCCGCCACUGUGCUGUUCUUGACCGUGCUGCUCGUGUUACAGGCACGCAGCAGACGCGAGCCCGUAACCCGGUCCCGAGGCGUCGUAUACUCGCCGCUAGCCUGCACCGACGACGGAGAGGUCUCCGUGCUCACCACCCGCAGCGCCUGCCCCGUCAAACUCGAGCACAAACUCGAGCACCCACUCGAGCACGAGCCCGAGCUCGAGCACGAGCCGCUGCUCGAGCAACGCACGUAGCGCGCUGUGAUCAUAGCAGUAAGUUGGGGUACUUCCCACUAGUUCUAUCUGUGACGUCACAUAGCUCCUUACUAUUCGGUAGCGUAGCGUGUCAUUGUCUCUUGCGCGCGGCCCGCGCAUUUAUUUAUAAAAUUGCUACCAUAAUAUUGGUACUAUUGAUUGAUAGGUAAGAAUGUGAACUCUUUCCUAUAAUAAUGUAGGUUUAUGGGACAAAUGGGAAGUACCCGUUUGUACACGUGGAUUACUAGUGAAUCCGACGUGGAACAAAAGCGGGAGAGACCCGAUAGUGUAAGUCACAACGUUAGUAAUACGAAUUUGAAUUUGGAUUUUUAUGUAUUGUUGAUAUAUUAGGGCCUAUCGUGAUUUAGAGAAUUGUAUGAACGGGGUUUGAGCUUUUCAGACUAACUUUCUCUUAUAAACUCAUUUGAGCUUAGCUUGCGAUGGAACUUUCUAGAUUCGUAGAGUUUAUAAGAAAUGUUAGCCUGACAACGUCCUAUACCCUCGAAAGUGCUGAUAAACAGUUUUUAAAAUAUCAGAUUGGUUAACAAAUAAAGAAUGCAUAAUUAUAUCCCUGAAAAGUUCACGCCCGGAACUUCAGUGCCCAAUUAGUGUAUAUAUAAUUAUAGCUAGCUAGAUAUGAAUUGUAAUUGAACAAAAUUGAAAUGUUGGGGGUCAACGCCCUCUUAUACCUACAUCGGUAUUGUGAUAUGGAUUAUCUACCUGUAAUAUUGAUUAGCCAAAUGUUUGCUGUUGCCGUGUUUGUGUACCUAAUACAAGUUUCGCGUACCUAGCGCUUUAAACUUUACGUAGGCAUGUUUCCUUGACUUGUUUAUGUUCCAUUAGUUCUAUCUUUACAUUUCUUAAAUAGAUACUAAACUGGUAGUCAAAAUCAAAAAUCAAAAUCAAAAUAAUUUAUUUAGCAAAUAGGCCACAGGGGCACUUUUACACGUCAC